GGAUCACAAUAAUUGCUGCAGUGGACAUACAUAAUAAAUUAAUAUGACUGUAGCAACCAACAGCAAACAGCAUCUAGCCUCAGUCUAAAGAAUAAAGUGGAAUAAAGAGAAAAGAGACGCGUGCGUAAGAGCAUGUCAAAAAAACUAGACGAGUGAAAAAAAAUAUAAUAAAAGAGCAACGUAGUUUAGUGUUCAAGACAAGAGACAGGUGGAUUUACAGUGUAGUGAAAAUAAAAGAGAAAGAAGAAAAUAAUAAAAGACCAAAGCAAGUUUUAAAACGAUUGACGAUUGACAAGUGGAUGGAUUGGAACAACAUAGACAUUGUGUACUAUAGAUUAUAUAUGAAUCUUUAUUGGAAUUAUACAAUCCUGUAUAUACCAUAUAUUUAGUAAAUGUACUUAUAUACAUUUACGUUUGUGAAUGUAUCAUUGAGCUGCUGGUGCUGAGAUCAGUAAUAUUUUACUGAGCCGUCUAGCUGAGCCAUCUUUAGUUUAUUCCGUAUUUCGUAGUGUCUAGUAUCAUUCUUUUUUUUUUUUUUUUUUUUUUUCUCUCCAUACGUUGCAAGUUACAACGUUAUUGUAAAUACUUGUGUGAUAAUAACGACAAAGUGUUUUUAAAAUGUCGGGAGAAAGGAAAGCUUUAUGGUCGAAUCGUUAAUCGUGGUCUAUCAAGAUAUUGUAAUAAUUAAGAGAGCAAAUCAUCAUCAUCAAAAUUAUCAACAUCUUGACUGUACGAACACGAAAGUUAAAAAAAAAAAAAACAUAUAUAUACUAUGAUGAGUAAUGCAACAAUGAGUGGCGUAGAAUCGACAGUUUCUUCAGCUGUAAAAAGUCUCACUUCAACGACAGUAAUUGACAGUACAAUUGUCAAUGACGAUGGUAUUGAACCAACUCCAAUAUUUUUGCAAACCCGAGCUGCUCAGGGAAUUUCUGGAGCCUUUGUAUGGCUGGCGUUAUUCCUUACUUGCCAACAGAUUUAUCAACACCUGAGGUGGUAUACGAAUCCAACAGAGCAACGGUGGAUUGUCCGUAUUUUAUUUAUUGUCCCAAUUUAUGCCACUUAUUCAUGGAUAUCUCUAUUGUUUUUCAACAACGAGAGUUACUAUGUUUAUUUUUUCACAGUCCGUGACUGUUAUGAAGCAUUUGUAAUUUACAAUUUUUUGUCAUUAUGCUACGAGUACCUGGGAGGUGAAGGCAAUAUUAUGUCCGAGAUACGAGGGAAACCAAUUCGUUCAAAUUGUCUUUAUGGUACCUGGUGUUUGGUUGAAAAAACCUACACCAUUGGAUUUCUUAGAUUUUGCAAACAAGCAACACUCCAGUUUUGUCUUGUAAAACCAGUAAUGGCAUUUGUCAUAAUAAUAUUACAAUCAUUGGGCCACUAUAGAGACGGUGAUUGGUCUCCAGACGGUGGUUAUAUUUACAUCACUGUCAUUUACAACAUCAGCGUUUCAUUAGCCCUCUAUGGACUCUUUCUAUUUUAUUUUGCUACUCGAGAUUUACUGACGCCUUUUGAACCAGUAUUGAAAUUCUGCACUAUCAAAAGUGUCAUAUUUUUUUCAUUUUGGCAAGGUGUUUUACUUGCCGUAUUGGAAAAAGCUAAUGUUAUUUCACCGGUUAUUGAUAAUUUGGGACACGCAACCAGCGCUGGAACAGUAUCAGCUGGCUAUCAAAAUUUUUUGAUCUGUAUUGAAAUGCUUUUUGCAGCAAUAGCGUUGCGUUAUGCUUUUCCUUAUCAAAUAUAUGCUGCUGGAUGUGUUACUGAUUCUAGAGGUCGUAGUGUAACUAUGCAAAGUAUCAGCAGUAGUUUAAAGGAAACGAUGAACCCCAAGGACAUAAUGACCGACGCCAUCCAUAAUUUUCAUCCUCAAUAUCAACAGUACACACAAUACAGUUCUGGUGGUACUAAAAAUCAACGAGGUAUGAGGGUAUCGAGCUUCGAUCCAGAUGAUCCUCAAAAUAUGCCAGUUCCACCACCACAAAGACGCAAUACUUCUCAUCAACGUGUUGCUACUAUAUCACAAAAUUACAAUGAGAAAACAAUGCUGUUGAGUAGCGACGAUGAAUUCCAGUAGAAAUUAUUAUUAUUAUUAUUGAAUAAAUUUUAAUUAUGGUAAAAGUCCCAAUUAUUGAUACUAAAAAAUGUUUAAUAUCAACAAUAGAUACAAUUCAUUAUAAAAAAUUAUCAGUUUUUUAAAAUGUCAUCAACUUGCAUUUUUUUUUUUUUUCUUUUUUUGUACUUAUGUAUUCCAAAGAUUAUAUUUAAAUAGAUGAAAUUUUAAUCAAGUUAAUAAUAAAAUAAAAUAAAGUGGUGAAUAAUUGGGUCUUUUGUCUUAUAUGUUAAAAAAAAGUGAGAAAAAUAAUCAAGAUUUAGCCGAAAUUAUUUUACUGGCAAUGAAAAUAAAAUUUUAAAAAACUGGUUGGAUUUAGGAUAAAAUAAAUGUGAGGCUGAAGAAGUUAUAGUAUUUAUAAUUAAAUGAUUAUAGUUAUUUUUUAAUGUUAAUACCUUAAUUAUGUUACAGUAAAAAUGAACUUAUUUUAUUAGUGUUGAUUAAUUUAAAUGAAACUUAAUUCAGCAUUUACCAAAUCAUAUUUUAAUAUAUAUUAAUUAUAUACAUUAGGGUAUAAGAUUCAAUUUAAAUUAUAUUACAGUUUGUUUUUCUUUUUCCGUUUUAUAAAAUUGUAUAGACAGUACUUAGGUUUAUAUAAUUAACUAAAGUUUUAAUAUUUAUUAAUUUGCUUUCUAUAAAUUUUAAAAUUUAAAUACAAUUUGAUUGGACCGCCACAAAGAUGCCAAUUCUUCCUCAAAGACUCGUAAAAAUAAAAUUUAAAUUCAACUGAAAAUACAUUUAACAAACAAAGAUAACAUUUAAUUAAAUUGCGACGGUACAAGAUAUUCUGAUAAACAAAAUAAACCUGAUUGUGUAUCGUCCAAGUCCAAUAACAAAAAAAAUUAAAAAAAUA